AUGCUUACAUUGCAGUCUAUAUCUAAUAAUAUAUUUGAAAUAUCUGCCUGCCUGAAAUACGGACAAUAUUGGAACAGUGGUGCAAUGUUUGUGGAUGGUGAUGUUAUACCGUUUGAUAGUGCUGAAUUUCCGAAAAAGGGAGAUAAAAGGGUGGUUGAGCUACAAAAGCAUUCAGUUGAACGAUGGCGUGAACGUAUUAAGAGCGAUUCAGAUUUGCAAUGCCUCGAUGGAAUGAGAUGUUUACAGAAAGAUUUUCCAACCAAGCAGAUACUUCCAAAAACUAGAACAGUGGAUAUUGGUAAAGGCUUGGAUCAUUUUUACUCCCGUUCUCCCAUCGUUUCAGCACCAUCUAAAUUAUUACAGAUUGAUUUGAAUGAAUUUGAGGAUAUUACCACUACCACCCCAAGUAAAUUAUCAAAAAGGAUUAAAACAGAAUAA